GUUUUGCAGAGAGCCCGCUCGCCCCGAGGCCCGAGGGGAGGCUGGGGUUGCCUGGGUUAGCGGGCCGAGGGAGGUUUGCACCGGUCCUCCUGCGAGCCUUCCCCUGCCCUGCAGCUGGUGGCUUGCACCCACUGCCUUCCCGGCCCUGCGGCUGCGCCCAAACCUCCAACCCCCGGAGUAUUGUGCCGCCUGAGAUAAAAUGCAUCCAGUGUAUACCCGCCCAGCACUCACCCCAGAGGAUAAGAUGCGCCAAGUCACUUGCAGCUGUCUGCAGAAGAAAAUCCCUAGUGCUCUGCUCUUGCCAUAAUACCAAACCUUUCGACUUCUGCUUUGGUGCUGCGACACUGGAAGAAUUGCACACGGGUCCCAGGAAUACCCUUUUUCCAUUUGAGUGGUUCUUCGUGGAUGGAAAAUUAUUUGAGGCUUAACAGUUACCCUGUUUGAGCGCUCUCUCUCUCUAGUCUGAACUGCGUAAUAAAUCGGGCCACGUACCCAUGAGCCACACAGCCAGUUCUGGUCAGGAGCUGGCUGAAAACUGUGCUGCGCGUGUAGCAGGAAUGGCACAAGAAGAGAGCCGUCGUGGUCAAGCGCCAUCUACCUUCUAUCACGGUGCCAACCAAGAACUUGACCUGUCCACCAAAGUGUACAAAAGGGAAACAGGAAGUCCUUAUUCUGUGUUAGUGGACACCAAGAUGAGCAAACCACAUCUCCACGAAACAGAGGAACAGCCGUAUUUCAGGGAGACAAGGGCAGUGUCUGACGUGCAUGCUGUUAAAGAAGACCGGGAGAAUUCUGAUGACACAGACGAGGAGGAGGAGGAGGAGGAGGAAGUCUCUUACAAAAGGGAGCAGAUCAUAGUGGAGGUAAACCUUAAUAAUCAAACAUUAAAUGUGUCUAAAGGGGAAAAGGGUGUCUCUUCCCAGUCCAAAGAGACUCCUGUUCUGAAGACAAGCAGUGAGGAGGAAGAGGAAGAGAGCGAGGAGGAGGCCACCGAUGACAGCAAUGACUACGGAGAGAACGGAAGGCAGAAGAAGAAGGAGAAGACGGUGGAGAAGGCCAGCGUCACACAAAGGAGAACCAGGAGGGCCGGCUCCGUGGCCGCAGCUACCGCUUCCCCGACCCCCAGGACUACCAGAGGGCGUAGGAAGAGUGGAGAGCCACCUAAGCGGAAGAAGCGGGCCACGAGGGAGCCCAAAGCCCCAGUCCAGAAAGCUAAGUGCGAGGAGAAAGAGACUCUGACCUGUGAGAAGUGCCCCAGGGUGUUUAAUACUCGCUGGUACCUGGAGAAGCACAUGAACGUUACUCAUAGGCGCAUGCAGAUCUGUGAUAAGUGUGGCAAGAAGUUUGUCCUGGAAAGUGAGCUGUCCCUUCACCAGCAAACAGACUGUGAAAAAAAUAUUCAGUGUGUUUCCUGUAACAAGUCCUUCAAGAAACUCUGGUCCCUUCAUGAACACAUCAAGAUCGUCCAUGGGUAUGCAGAAAAGAAGUUUUCCUGUGAAAUUUGCGAGAAGAAAUUCUACACCAUGGCUCAUGUGCGGAAACACAUGGUUGCACACACGAAAGACAUGCCGUUUACAUGCGAAACCUGUGGAAAGUCGUUCAAACGCAGCAUGUCCCUCAAGGUGCACUCCUUGCAGCAUUCUGGAGAGAAGCCCUUCAGAUGCGAGAACUGUGACGAGAGGUUCCAGUACAAGUACCAGCUGCGCUCGCACAUGAGCAUCCACAUCGGGCACAAGCAGUUCAUGUGCCAGUGGUGCGGCAAGGACUUCAACAUGAAGCAGUACUUUGACGAGCACAUGAAAACACACACUGGAGAGAAACCCUUUAUCUGUGAAAUCUGUGGCAAAAGCUUCACCAGCCGCCCCAACAUGAAGAGGCACCGCAGAACGCACACAGGCGAGAAGCCCUAUCCGUGUGAUGUGUGUGGCCAGCGGUUCCGCUUCUCCAACAUGCUUAAGGCCCACAAGGAGAAGUGCUUUCGGGUGACCAGCCCCGUGAACGUGCCGCCUGCUGUCCAGAUCCCACUUACGACCUCCCCGGCCACCCCAGUUCCUUGUGUGGCGAACACCCCCACAACGCCCACGCCCCCGAUCAGUAUGAGCCCCGCGAGCACUCUCCCCCCGCGGCCCAUCCCGCACCCCUUCUCACACCUCCACAUCCACCCACACCCUCACCACCCGCACCACCUUCCUAUCCCUCCGGUCCCGCACCUCCCGCCGCCCCCAGCUCUCUUUAAGAGCGAGCCUUUAAAUCACCGAGGCCAGGGUGAGGACAACUUUCUGCGGCACCUGGCAGAAAAGAACAGUUCAGCACAGCAUCACUAACAUCCGUCUCCUUAAGUGUGUUCUCCACGAGCUGUGUGCCCGUGUGUGAGUUUGCAGAAAGGGAGCUGGUGGGCUUUUCUGUAGCUGCCAGACUCUCCUCAGCCUCCACCAAGAGCUGUGUCAUUGUCUUGGGGAAUCGACACAUCCAAGGGAAUGAACGAGAAGACCGCCUUGCGCUCCCGGAGGGAACUGUCAUCUAAACCAGGGGAACCACCGAACUAAAGCCCAAUUCGCUUGCAUUUUCUGGUGGACUUUUAUAAAUUUCGAAUACUCAGACUUGUGGAAUUUUAUAAUUUCAUAUCAGCUGAUGAGGUAUGCUUGCUUUUCUAUCCCGGGCUUCUCCUCAAAGAGGGGACAGGCCCGGCUUCCUUUGUACUAAUCGGGAAGGCUGUGAGAUUAAUCCAGAGCAUUAAUUGUAUCACUGUGUAUCGUAACCAAUUCUUUUCAGCUUUUGGCGCUGGCCUCCGAAUCGAGCCGGCCGUGUUUCACAGUAUAUCAAGCAUUAUAGAGAAAGACAGAAAUUUUCUUCUUUGUGUAGCUCUCCUAACGCACUCUUUAUUUUACUACAGAAAUUAUUUUAGAGUUUUUGUAUAGACUUCUUUAGUAGUCUGUUUCUAAAAUGAAAUGUAUUUCAAUAAGCGGUGUAAUUUUUUCAGUGUAGCUGGGCCUAUGUUGUAAAAUAGAAAAAAAAUUUUUAUAAUCAUCAAAAUGUGAUUCUUAAAGACGCAUAUAACUUCUAUAGUUCAAAGUUAUUCUUACAUCCGUACAACUCAAAGGUGCUUCAGAGACUAGAUGCAUCCGGGAGGGUCUCCAGACACCAGGUCACUGCAGAAUGAGGUCUUGCUUUCAGAACUUGGCGUAAGUCCUUGGCAGUUUUUAAAUCUCUGCUUCACACUCAAGCAUCCGUCUGUCGGGCUCGUUGACAUGCUCCUGUCCUCCGUGUUUCGUUUCGUUUGGUUACCGCGUGAAGUGGGAUGAUUUCAUUUGGUCACUGCGCUAAGUGGGGUGAUUUGCAGGGAGCUGGACCCUUUCCAGGGACGUCCCCUCACGCUUGCGUGUUCGAGAAAUCGGAGUCAAGCUGUUCACCGUCAGGAGGAGGAAGUGAUGGAGAAUCAUUCUCCCUCACAUCUGCGUCUCACUUUCCCCAGGGCUUGUUUGUGUCCAGCCGAUGGCACAACCAAAUGGAAGUCUCACGAGACACUGCUCGUUUCGAGGCUGCUGUAUUUUUCUAGAAUUGUUAGGAAAAUACGAAAUAGUACACUAAAAUCACAAGCAUGAAUGAUGUUGCUGACAGUAGCUGAGAAGUUUGGAUGAGGACAGAUUUGACUAUGAGUUUUUAAAAUGUCUGUUCAGCUAUGGAUCCAGCCACAACUUUGAGCUGUUCUAACACAGUUUAAAUCGUAGCGAGGGAAAGAAAACUGCCUAUGUUUUGCUGCCCUGUUCUCUGCAGAUAAUUAUGCGACAGACAGCGGUGUUCCCAGGUGGUGAGGGGAACAUCUCUCACCACCUUUAAGAUGGGUUACUUUUUCAAGUUUGGGAAGUUUCGAAAGAGCACGUUCAUUCAGGAACUUAUGUAGGAAAGUCUGAAUAGAAGGGCUAACAUACUGCUCAUACUUAACUGAUCAAAUUUCUUCAGACUCCGUACAGCUAAAACUUAUAUAUACAUACAUAUAUAUAUAUAUAUAUAUAUAUAUAUAUAUAUAUAUAUAUAUAUGUAUGUAUAUGUAUAUGUCUCAGAGAACUGAGUUCCAAAGCUGGGUCUGCUUUCUUUCUCUCUCUCCCUCUAUUUUUUAAUCUUGACAUUUCUUCAGUUCCUCCCCCACCCCCCACACUGCCUCGGGCUCUUAGAUCAUUGCCUAAAUAAGAACCCUGGCUUUUAUUUAUUUUUUAACUUUUAAUAUUAAAUGUGCAGAUAUACUUCAAGCACUUUUCUGUCUGAUUAGCUCUGUGGUAGGAAAAUUUGGAACUCUUGAUGGAGGUCAAGUCCCUCUUUUUAAAAUAUCACAUUCUCUGUUAGCUUUUUGGUUUAAAAUUUCCUCAUUUUUUUCCUUCUGAUUAUUGCCUUUUGCCUUCUGUAAUGAGCAUAGGAAGAUUUUGGAACGGGGCAGAAAAGUAUCUCAAGACCUACUUUUCUUCCUGUUUUUGGAUGUAAUUUCUAAAGAAUGUUAUUUUAAAUAUUUGCGUGCAUUUUUCGGACACCCAGGUACCCAGACUGAUAAGGAAAAUUAAUUUCUUGUU